AUGAUCCAAAAGUACCUUCCCUUGUUCCCCAAACCACGACAAAUUAGGAAAAGUUACUUGGCCAUUCCAUUUGUGCUAAUCACAUUAAUUCUUCUUCAUUUCCUCAACACGUAUGACGCAGUCAAACAAUGGUCCACUCAAGUGGCUGGGCUUGGGGAUACUUCUGAGUCACGCAUAUCCAACUACAACCUGAAACCAAUCACCAUUCUACCAUCUGAUUACAGUACUAGUCUAAGAAUCGACCACAACAUUACUGAAAACAACAAUGAAAUCGUCAAAUACCGAGGCAGCCGCAGUGCUUUGAGUUUGGCUGUGACUAAUCAAACAUAUUCACCACAUCCCAUAACUUUGUUUGCCUCAACACCCGUGGUCUCAAUAUUUGAUGAGGAAACAAGAGCAGAUGCAAAAGAAGCAACCUGUGACAACUUGCUAUUGGAUAAACAAGUUUCAAUUACCAAGAGUACAGAGAUGAAGCAAGACUGGAAAUUAAUUGCUGAAACUUUGUUGAACCAAAUCACAAGUGAUGAAAGUUUAAAGGAGAUAGCUGGGUUUUUCAAAGGUAAGCUUGGCAAAUACAUUGAAACAAAUGCAUUAAAUGAAAAGCAUUUUUACAAAUUUGCUGGUACCUCGGUAUGGUUGUCCAAGUAUGGCGUCCAUUUGAUGGUGUCACGUUUACUAUUCACACAAACGGCGAGAAAAGCAAACCCACAAAUUUCAUUGCUUUAUGCACAAGUUUAUGAUGAAAAUUGGCAAGAAUUGACCAAUGUUGAUUUGGUUUUGCCUAUAAUUGAUGAUGAUGGGGAACGUAAAUAUGAAAGUGUCAAUUUCCCACGUGUCAUGCCAAUUCCAUUUUAUCAUAAUUCAAAGAAAACCAAAAGGAGGUGGUAUGGUCCUGAAGACACGCGUAUCUUGUUGAGCAAGAAUGAGUAUGGUGAUGAAGAACCAAUAGUCAUAUUCAAUGCUUUCCAUAGACAAAUCUUGAAGAAAGCACAAGAAGAAAAUGGAGAAAAGAAACCUACUAUAUAUAUUUUUCAUCGACUGAUGUUUAUGGGAUACUUGUUUAGGUAUCAACGCGGUAAAGCAAAUGUUGAUGCGGGUCAAGACAGACAUGCUUCUAAAACUAGAUACAACAAAGUUGUUGAAUUGCGAAUUGAGGGACAAGAUCGUAAAAAGGUUGAGAAAAACUGGACUCCAUUUAUUAAUCCACUGGAGCGGAAAUCACUGGUUUUGAAAGGUGGUGAUGCACAUAUUUAUAUUGUUUAUCAAUGGGAUAAUUUGAAAAUCUUGAAAUGUGAAUUGGCCAAUGCUGAGCAAGACUCAAAGUGUCAAGUUGUUUAUACACAAAACAAAGAUGAAGGUGGAAAAGUUGGUCCAGUUCGCGGAGGAACAGAAUUGAUACCUAUCAAAGCCAAAUCCAACUUGGAUCAAGUUUGGAUUGGGUUUCUUCGUGCUCAUAUUGACAGAUGUGGAUGUGGUAAAGCAAUGUACAGACCUAAUUUCAUAGUUUUGGGAGAAAAGGAUGGACAAUUCAAAUUAUCCCAUCUUUCGUCGUCUAUAUCAUUCAACAUGGCGGUAGAUGGAUGGAAGUAUGCCGAUAUCCAAUGUGCUAGAAGAGAUCCAAAUGUGUUGAUUCCUAAUGGUAUAUCAAUGUAUGAACCAAAAAAGGAUUACCUAAGUUUGAUCUUAUCAGUUGCUGAUAAAAAUGACAAUUUGGUUCAUGUUUCUGGAAUUAGGAAAAUGGUUGAUGAGUUGGAUUUGAAUUGGGGCGAGGCUACGAGUACUGCUGCCGAAAAAAGUCCAUUGAUUUCAUGUGUUGUUGAUCAGAGUAGUCAAUUUUGCAAAGAGUAUGGGAUCGAGCAGGAUAAGUUGGGUGUGACCGAGGCUGCAAGGCAAAAGGCUAAGGAAGAGGAAGAGGCAGCGGCAAAGGCCAAAGAGGAUGCGAAAGCAAAGGAAGAUGCAGAGAAGCAGAAUGUAAAGCCCAGUGGCGGAAACGAAGGUACUGAUGCUGGAUCUGGUGGUGAGACGCAGAACCAACCAUCAAACGGGGAGCAGUCCUCCGAUAAUCAAAAUACAGACCAACAACAGCAGCAAGAACCCAAACUUCCACCUCUUCCUGGAAAUGAGCAGCAAGGUGAACAAGCAAACCCACCACAACCACCACAAGCUGAACAACAGCAACAACAACAACAACAACAGCAACAACAACAACAACAACAGCAACAGCAACAACAGCAGCAACAGCCACCAACUCAGCAAGAUGAGCAUCCAAAUGAGGAUCAAAAAGAUAGAACAAAGGAAUCAGAAAACAAACCUGAACAAAAAGCACAAUGA